AUGUCAAACAUUUUCUCGGCGUCUGCUUCGUGGUUAGCCGUGGCUGUCUCGUUUGAAAGGUUCAGCGGCAUUCGGUCGCCGAUGCACGCUCGAUUACAGUGGGGCAAUUCGCGUGUGUUACUGUCGAUCAUCUUGAUCCUUUUCGGUGCUAUUGGCGUGUCAUUCUAUCAUUUUUUGGAGCAUACUUAUGAGUAUCAUCCAGAUAUCGGAAAGAUGCCACGCCCAAAGGCAAGAACGGAAAGUGACGCAAACAGUGGUGGCAAUUAUCACCUGUCACAUCUUCACACAUUUUCCCUCAUGCUUACCAUUUGUGUGGGAUUUGGC